GGCCGUACUGCGCAGGCGCGGACGACGACAGCGAUCGUCGGCGCCGUCGCGAUACCGAUCGCAGACGGAUCGUUACGCCCGAGGGCGUUUGUGUGUGUCUGUGUGCGUCCGACGGCGCGCCGCCCGGCUGCCGCAGUCGGCAGAGUGACCCGCUCCUACGAACUCCUCCGUGGAAUCUGUGACUGUGUGUGACUGAAAACAGUGGACUCUACUCUGCAGCGGAGCGAGGGGCGCCGAGACUGAACCAGCUCCGCCGCGUGCCGCCAUCCUCGCGGCCGCCACCAUGGACCCGUACGGGCGCUACAUGCGCAUCGAGGACGACAGCGACUCGUCGUUCUCCUGCGGCCCGACGCCGCCCAACCCCAAUAACGAUAACGACACGUCGUGCAUCCUGCGGCUGAGCCCCGAGAGCCUGCAGCGUGACCUGCUGCCUCGCGCGCCGCCGCCCGCCACCACUGGGGGGCUGCGUAACCUGGUGUACGACCAGGCGUACGAGCCGCCGCAGCCGGCGCCACACUCACUGGGAGACGCCAUCGAAUCAGCGCACCUGCCUGAGAAUCUAGAGGAAGUUCCCGCACUGGAUCUGGAUCUGCCGCGGAACGAGCCCCUGGAUACCAAGGAUGUGACUGGACAUAUCACCACGGAUAUCACAGUGGGCGAGGACCGGCCGGCGUCGGCCACCAGCAAGGAGACCUCCUCGGAAGGCAGCGCUGAGGAGGCCCUCCAGCUGCUGGUGACGCCGCAACAGCCGGAGAUACCGACCGAGGAGAAACUGCUUCACCUCGGCUCGGCGCAGACUCUGGACCGAGAUGCGGCCCGCAAGCUGAGCUACCAGGAGAUGGAGCGGGUGGAGACGUGCUGCUCCUCGUGCAACUGGCCGCUCAUCAGGAACGUGUUCGUCGGCGUCAGCGGCGCCAUCUGGCUGGCCCUGCUGGCCGUCUGCGUCGGAUGGAUCGUCUCAAUGCCGCGCAAAUGCGACCCCUUCAAGAAGUGGUACCAGGGCGAGGCGAUGUACGAGCUGUUCCCCGGAUCGUUCCAGGACUCGAACGGAGACGGCGUUGGUGACCUCCCGGGGCUGCAGAGCAGGCUGUACUACGUGAAAAACCUGGGGGCCAGCACGAUUGUCCUGACGGGGAUCUUCCAGACGGGAGACUUCCCGACAGACAUCGACAACGUCAUCAACCACAAGCUCGUCGACCCGAAGCUGGGGACCUCCGGUGACUUCCUGAACAUGGUUGAAGACGCUCACGCCAUGGGUCUUCACGUGAUUCUCACCAUCGAUCCCGUACCCUUACUCACGUCUGACGACUCUGACCUUACCAACCCGAUACCGUCGAACGGCACUGGCGCUUCUCAUCUCCAGGAUGCCACCUACCCCGCCCUGCUGGCCACACUGGAACACUGGCUGCUCCAGGGCGUCGACGGGUUCCUGGUGCGCGGCCUGGAGCGUGCCGUGGACCGUGCUGACGUCGAGAGUCUGGUGCAGGAGGUGCGUAACCUGCUGGACCGCUACACGGUCGGCAUGGAGGACCGGAUCAUGGUGGUGCCGCUGGAGCUGCUGCGGGCCAUCCAGGAGCACGACCGGCACAACGCCACUAAGGUGCUGCACCGUGUGGAUCUGCUGGACUGUCAGCUGCAGAUCGAGGGUCGCUCGCCGCAGCAGAUCGUCGACCAGAUCACUGAGAUCAUGUCGUGGGACGCGUCUGCGGACGUGCCUUGGUUCACGUGGCGCCUCUCAUCACCGGAGGACACCCGCCUGUCCCGCCGACUGGGCCGCGGUCACUCGGUGGGGGCCACCCUGCUACAGAGCCUGCUGCCCGGCACGGUCACCGUCCUCUACGGAGAUGAAGUCUGCCUCAUGGAGACAGAGAGCGAGACCAACCAGACGGUUCCUGGCCUGGGCAUCAUGCCGUGGUCGGACGACGUCACAUCAGCAGACUUCACCCUGAGCUCGCGACUGCCGUGGCGUCCGCUGCCCGAGGGCCACCACCUGUACAACGCCGACAGCCAACAGAACAUAUCAGUGCAGUCAGUGAGGGCCGCCCUGCAGACCCACAGCACCGCCGUGCCCAUCUACGUCAAUGGGAUCUACGAGGCGGUGGGCGACUUCAACCCGAAACGGUCGUCGAACCUGAUGGUGCGUUACCUGGACUCUGCCGUGCUCGUGUUGGACCGUUUCUACCCGCGUCAGCCGCGCUGGUGCGUCAUCUUCAACACCUCGCCAGAGUCCUUGACGCGCGACCUUAGCCACAUCUUUUUCCGAGGCCUGGUGGUGGCCAGCUCGACGGGCGACAAGGAGGGCUUCAUCCGGUUCAAACAGCUGCACCUGGAGCCCGGCGAGGGACUCCUGGUCAAGCUGGACCGCUGAGAGAGCGAGAGAGUCACUGAGAGGUCGCCAGAGAGAAGCAGGGAGACUGGAGAGUGAAGAUGGAGAGUCGAGAGGGUCAGCAAAGAGCAGAGAGAUGACCAAAAGCUAAAGAGCUAGAGGAAACUGGGAGCUGAGUGCGCCUAGGCAUCGGUGCGACACCAAGGUGCGAAAAGCAGGCGCCUUCGUUCAUCGUUCCGAGCGUAUUCUUUUUCUUUUGUAUUCUAGAAGAAAUGUGUGGUUGGUGCAAUACCAAAUCGCCAAUCUGUGGUGAUAAGGGACGUAGUACUUACUUGUACUUUGAUGUGAAUUUAUAACGUCUAGGACUGUUUUGAUACUCAUAAGGUCAUGCUAUUUUUAGCCUUGCAGAGCGUCCAAGCGUGCCUAUGUUCGGAAGGUGCAAUAUAUUCUAGUCGGGACAUUCACCAGCAGCCGCUGUAUUCAAUCAAUGGGCUGUUUAAAAUAAAACAAUUUUAUUGCGCAGAGCGUCAGUGGACAUCAAGAAGAGGAUUUUCUCCCUCCAAGUAGUUUGAAGAGUGCUUAUAGCGUGAAUGUGUGAGAAGAGAACAGUUAUACCCCUGGUGUUGCGCACUUCGGUUGAAGUAAACCACUGCUGUCGCGACAAUACGGUGUGCUGUGAUAUUUCAGCCAGUAUGCGCGUGUGCGUGCGCCUGUAUCUGUAUAUGUCUGAGGCAGUAACUGGUAUUCAGUCCAAUGGCACGGAGUUUCUCCCGCAGAUUUGUUUACCCAUCCCGUCUACAAGAGUCGCUAGAUACCGCUGUCUGCCACAUUUACCCACCGUGCUUUGUUAGAACACGCAGUUUAUUGUUAAAUACGGACAAUACACAGUACAUCAAUGGA